AUGAGUCUUCUUACAGAUCUCAUCAACCUUGACCUCUCUGACUCCACUGAGAAAAUCAUCGCUGAAUACAUAUGGGUUGGUGGUUCUGGAAUGGACAUGAGAAGCAAAGCCAGGACUCUUCCUGGACCUGUGACCGAUCCAUCGAAACUCCCGAAAUGGAAUUAUGAUGGUUCAAGCACUGGUCAAGCUCCUGGUGAAGACAGUGAAGUGAUCUUAUACCCUCAAGCGAUCUUCAAGGAUCCUUUCCGUAGAGGCAACCACAUUCUUGUUAUGUGUGACACUUACACUCCUGCUGGUGAUCCAAUCCCAACGAACAAGAGACAUGCUGCAGCUAAGAUCUUUAGCAAUCCUGACGUUGAAGCUGAAGUGCCAUGGUAUGGAAUCGAACAAGAAUACACUUUGUUGCAGAAAGAUGUGAACUGGCCUGUUGGAUGGCCCAUCGGUGGCUUCCCUGGCCCUCAGGGACCUUACUAUUGCAGUGUUGGAGCUGACAAAUCUUUUGGGAGAGACAUUGUUGAUUCUCACUACAAGGCCUGCUUGUAUGCCGGAAUCAACAUCAGUGGGAUCAAUGGAGAAGUCAUGCCUGGUCAGUGGGAGUUCCAAGUGGGACCAUCCGUUGGUAUCUCUGCUUCUGAUGAAGUGUGGAUCGCUCGUUACAUUUUGGAGAGGAUCACAGAGAUUGCUGGUGUGGUUGUAUCUUUUGACCCAAAACCAAUUCCCGGUGACUGGAACGGAGCUGGUGCUCACACCAAUUACAGUACUAAAUCAAUGAGGGAGGAAGGAGGAUACGAGGUGAUCAAGAAGGCAAUUGACAAGCUAGGAUUGAGACACAAGGAGCACAUUUCUGCUUACGGUGAAGGCAACGAGCGUCGUCUCACAGGACACCAUGAAACAGCUGACAUCAACACGUUCCUUUGGGGUGUUGCGAACCGUGGAGCAUCGAUUCGAGUAGGUCGUGAUACCGAGAAAGAAGGGAAAGGAUACUUUGAAGAUAGGAGGCCAGCUUCAAACAUGGAUCCUUACAUUGUUACCUCCAUGAUUGCAGAGACUACACUCCUCUGGAAUCCUUGA